AUGAGGACAAAUCAUGGUGUACGUGGACCUGUUUCCUUCCCCGCAGGCUGCCGUGCUGCCAUGGAGAUGGACGCGAGCGGGCCUGGUUCCCGCUCGAAGAAGAGGAAACGGCAUGCCAUGAGGACGAAGCAGGGUGGACGUGGACCAGAUCCUGUGUCGAAGAAAAGGAAGCCGGCGCCAGUCGGGACACCGGCGUUGGCACAAGUGACAGCCGACCAAGGUCCGCCGCCUGGAGCCGGUGCUGCCGAUCGCAUCAGUCUGAUACCAGACACCAUCCUCGGCGAGAUCGUCUCCCUGCUCCCCACCAAGGAGGGCGCGCGCACCCAGUUCCUCGCAUCACGCUGGCGCCACAUCUGGAGCUCCGCGCCUCUGAACCUCGACUGCAGCGGCCUCGCAGAUGCUCGCUCCGUGUCCCUCAUCCUCACCUCCCACCAAGCCCCUGUCCGCCGGCUCUGCAUCCCCGCGUGCCACGGUUACACGGAAGCGACGGUCGAAGCCUGGCUUCAGUACAACGCCCUCGACAGGCUCGAGGAGAUGGAAUCCUGCUAUGUCCGGGACUACGGACCAGCAUCAGAUUAUUGGUGGGGGAAAACCCUUUUCCUGCCGCUGCCACCAGCGUCCAUCUUCCGUUUCGCCGCCACCCUUCGCCUUGCCAAUAUCGGAAGAUGCCGCCUCUUUGACAGCACUGUUCAAGGGCUUCACUUUCCCCAGCUUAAGCAGCUUGUGCUGUGGGUUCGCAUUUCGGAGUGCUCGAUUCACCGCUUGAUUUUCGGGUGCCCCGCCCUUGAGUGCUUGCUGCUUUACUACAUCUCAGGAUUUUAUUGCCUCCAAAUCAAUGCCCCCAAACUUAGAAGCAUCGGUGUGCGCAGAUAUUUUCCCACCAGUUCGGCGAGUGAGCUACGGUUGGCGGAACUCACAAUCGUGAAUGCUCCUUGUCUUAAAAGGUUGUUUCAUUUGGAACUAUUUGAUAACCUUGAAGUAUCUGUAAUCUCCGCGCAUCAGAUGGAGACCUUUGGAUCUGUUGAUAUACUUCAUCCUAAUUUCUCCGACAAAAUUGAGGGUUUUAGUGCUCCUAGACUGUCCACGACGGCGUGCCUUGUCAAGAGUUUAGCUAUUCAUAUGCCUGUUUUAGAUCUGGACAAGGUUAUUGACUUGAUUAGAUGCUUUCCCUACUUAGAGAAGUUGUACAUUCUGAAUGAGCCAACUGAUGCAUCAGAGUCAAGGCCAAAGAAUUUUUGGCGGCGUAAAUACCGAAAUCUUAUUGGAUGUCUUGAUAUCCGUCUGAAAACAGUGCCACCGGAGCAGCCCCGCGCCACGACCGCCGUCCGCCAGAACCUCGCCGCCCACGCGGCCGAGAUACCGGACCGCAUCCGCGCCCACCGCUCGCCGUCGAAGCCGGUGGCGCCUCACCGAGCAAGGCCGCCGCCUUGCAGUCCCGAGCCCCCACCGAGGGAGCCGCUGGACCAGCUCUGCCGCGCCAUCCGCCGAGCCAGAGGCCGGCCGUUGGAGAGGAGAGCCCGUCGCGCCGCCUCCAAGGUCAUGGUGAGCCCGCCGCGGAGAUCCUCCACCUAG